AUGGAUUUGCAUUCAAUUGUUUACGUGGAGACAACAAAUUCUAAUCUUAUAUGUUGUAUCUGUAGAACACCUUUCGUAGAGCCUGUUGUUUUAGAGUCUUGCGGUCAUACAUUUUGCAAGUUGUGCAUUAAUCAAUCCAUAACUUCAACAAAAUCAAUAUGUCCAAUUGAUCGUUCUCCUUUAUCUGAUACAAAAAACCAACUUAAACCCGCUUCAAAAUUAAUAGUUAAUAUGGUAAACGAAUUGUUGGUUUAUUGUCCAAAUAGAGAACUAGGUUGUUCUCAUGUUGGAGAACGUCAACUCAUACAUUCUCAUAUAAAAGAUGAUUGUAUGUAUCUGGAAAUUCAAUGUUGUUUAGAAGAAUGUAAAGAAAUUUUUUUGAGAAAAGAUCUAUCAAAACACAUAGAAAAAUGUCUGCCAAAAAUUGUUGAUGAUUGUGAAUUAUGCAAUUUAAAAAAAAAAUCAUUUUCAUCCAAGGACCUUCAGGUAUCUUCUGAAAAUUUUAUUUGUCAAGAUUGUCACUCAGCCUUUUCUCAAUCUCAAUUUUCACAACAUAUUAAACAAUGUCCAGUAAAGGUUGUUUCAUGUUUACAUUCUCAAUUUGGUUGUAAAUGGUCAGAUCACUCUACUCUAUUAUCAACUCAUGAAUUGUUAUUAUCUGAUAAUGAUAGAAUUAACAAUGAGAUUCAAUUAUUAAAUGAAAACUUGAUAGACUUAGAGUUUAAACAAAAUGAUGCUUUAAUGAAAGAAACUCUAAAAAUUCAACAAGAGGUUACUUCUCUCAAAAGUACAUGCAAUUCAUUGAAAAUGCAAAUUAAUUAUUUAUUGAUGGAAAGAAGAACUACAGGAACUGGCGUCAGUGCUGGCGAAAACCCUUCAAAAUUAUCACAAUCAAUUCAUAAUGCCAACAACAGCUCUUCAUCAGUUCAAAUGUCACAAGAAAAUGGAUCUUAUAUUAAAUCAAAUCAUAGCAAUAUGAAACAGCUUUCUCGUAAAAUAGGCUCACUAUAUACUGAAUUCCCUAGGCACGAAAAACUUUGA